CUUGCAUCAUGUCAGAUGAGUGGGAGAAAGAAUAGUUGGUUCAGAAUCACUAUUAGUCUAUGUUGUAAUGUAGACAGCUCAGAAAAAAGGAAGCCCUUUUUUAUUGGCAAGUCUUGCAUGCCUCAGUGUUUCAAGCCUCAACACCUGGAAGAAAGAGGAUUUUAUUACUGUGCUAAUCAGUCUGCCUGGAUGACAGUAGUACUCUUCCAAGAGUAA